AUGGAACUCAACCGAGAACAUUUUCGCGCCAUAAUUUAUUACAACUUUCAGAGACAAUUAUCGCAACAAGACCGCCUUGCUGAGUUACUGUCUGUUUUUGGCAACAAAGCGCCGCAUCAGUCGACAAUUUCCCGUUCUCUUAGCGACGAUCCCAGGGUGGGUGCACCAAAAACGGCAGUCACCCAGGAAAAUGUCGAUGCUGUGCGCAAACUCAUCAUUGAAGAUAGACAUACCUCAAUUGAAAAAAUUUUACAUGAAGAAUUAAGAGUAAGAAAAUUAGUUUCUCAUUCGAUACCCCUCCUGUUGACUGAAGAGCAGAAAGCAGCCAGGGUUAAUUGGUGUCAAAAAACGCUUGACCAUUUCAAUUCCGGAAACUCAAAAAAUGUGUACAGCAUUGUUAGUGGUGAUGAAUCGUGGAUUUACUGUUCUGAACCAGAAAAUAAACGGCAGUCGGCUGUUUGGUUGUUCCAAGGUGAAGAAAAGUCGACAAAAGUCAUCCAUUUGUGUCAAAAGCGGAUCCAUAUUGCAACAAUUCCUCUUAAUGAGCAAAGAACUGUUACUGCGGAUUGGAAUACCACCAUUUGUUUCCCAAAAGUCAUCACCGAGCUUCGAAAAAUCAACCACGAAAGAAGAAUCAUCCUCCAAAAAGACAAUGCAAGCUCGCACACAGCCCAAAAAACAAGGCAGUAUUUAGCGGAAGAAAACGUGGAAUUAUUGCACCAUCCUCCAUAUAGUCCCUAUCUAAGUCCUAACGAUUCCUUUACUUACCCGAAAAUUAAAAACAGACUGCGUGGUCAAAGGUUCCAGUCACCCGAAGAAGCAGUUGACGCAUUCAAGAAUGCCGUUUUGGAUCUGCCAGCAAACGAGUGGAAUAAGUGCUUCGAAAAUUGGUUCGAGCGCAUGCAGAUGUGUAUUAAUCUUCGUGGAGAAUACUUCGAAAAACAAUAA